CUCAGGCAAGGAGCUGAUGGCGCUCGAGGAGAUGAUACCUCGAAGCUUAAGACUCUUAUUUCAGACUGGGUUAAUCGCGAACUGAAACCAGACCCUCUAGUUGACUCCGACGAUAAGCAUUGUCGUGGAUUCGUCAAUGAUGCGUGCGGUAUGUUACUGUGUCCGGCCGAGCUUGACUGGAACAACCCAGCGGCAGGUAUUCGAGAUCGAUCGGAGGGCCAUAUUGUUACGGAACUCUCCUUUCCGACCUUCUUAUAUGAAAAGUACAGUGCAAAUUCGGACGAUCUGGAAGACGGGCUUUUCAAGGGAAAAAUUCUUUUGCAGGGCUAUAAAGCUGUCUUCACCUCACCAUCUUCAGCAAAGGAUAUCGAGGGUGACGGCGAUGGCGCAGAUAUCGUCGAGAACAACAGGCGAGCGAAGAAAGCACUUUCGGGAGUCAAGGUCAAGAAACAUGUGGCACAAAUUAUCAAGAUGGAUAGAGUUACUCCGCGAUCUAUUGCAUACAUUGCCUGUCAGGUGCGAUUCGCACUUUCGUCCGUUACCUCGUGGCGGUCGGUCGACAGUGACUUCGACUAUAUACAAUUCUGGAAAAUCAUAGUGGAUUUCUUCGAAAGGCCUCCUGGCCGAGAAGCACAACACAGAGUCAACAGACUCCUGGAGUGGUGGACCAGGUGCACUAUCUGUCCUUUCAACAAGUCCCGAUUAGUUGAAUUGUUUCAUAGGAAGGUUUUUGGUAGGAGUCGCCGCGAGGAUCUCAGCGAUGCGACAAAGGCCAACAUGUCUGUGAACGCUCUCGCGAGGCAGAGGGCACACCGCGACGAUACUUCUUUCGAUUCAAACUAG